CGCCCCUCACGCCCCCCCUGUGACCUUCCCCGGGGGUCGUAGGUCACCGGCGCCCCCCCUGGUCACUCUUCCCCCUGGUGACCCCGGUGGUGUGAUUGUGGUGGUUGAACAGAAGAAAAAAAAGUGAGAGAGAAAGAAAGUGAGGAGACGAAAGAAAGAAAGAGAGAGACCAUGAAAGAGAGAAAGAAAGUGUGAAAAAAACUGAAGGUCAACAAAGAUAAGGAAAAGAAAGAAAAUGACCAGUGUGAAAUAUUAAAGAAAAAAGAAAGAAAAAAGAAAGAAAAAAAAUUUGAAGGAAAACGAAAAUAAUUGAAAAGGACCAAAAAUACGUAAAAAAAAGGUGUGUGACGUCACGAGGAUGCUGAGAGCUGAUUGGCUGGGUCUGGCGGCGUAAUCAACAACAGCAGCAGGAGAACAACAGCGUGGCAACAGUAGCAGGAGCAGCAGAAGUGGCAGCAGCAGAAGUGGCGGCGGCGGCGGCGGCGGUGGUGGCGGCGGCGGCGGCGUGGUGGCCCUCGCUUUGAGCAGUGAUGCCAGCGGCGCGUUCAACCUACCUCGGCGAAAACCUCAACGCUGGCAAUGCUGCUGCGGCCUCCAUCUCCGCCCGCUCCCUGUCCUCCGUGUGUGGUGACGAGGGGGAGGGUGCAGAGCGCAGUCCGUAUGACCGCGUCCUAUACGGUUUGCAUCAUGAUCAGCGCUGGUUGAAGGAGGUCACGCUGGGUCGCCGGGUUGGCUUCUACCGCUUCAGGGGAGAGCUUGGACAGGGCAACUUCAGCACCGUGCGUCUGGCCCUGCACCAGCUGACCAGGGAUAAGGUUGCCGUGAAGGUCAUCGACAAAAGCAAGCUGGACCAGAAGACACAGAGGAUGCUGGCGAGGGAGAUAGCCAACAUGGACGCCGUGGCUCACCCCAACAUUAUAAGGCUGUUCGAGGUGGUGGAGACACUAUCGCGCAUUCAUCUCGUGGUGGAGUUUGCGGGCGGUGGAGAGCUGUUUAACACGAUUACCACGGAGGGGCGCAUGACGGAGCUGCAGGCGGCGUCAAUCUUCACACAAGUGCUCUCUGCCAUAGCCUACCUGCACGGGUUGUCCAUCAUCCACCGGGACAUCAAGGCGGAGAAUGUGUUCGUGGCCGGGCCGGACCUGGUCAAACUCGGGGACUUUGGGUUCUCGACGCGCGUCAACGACCUGGAACAACAGCUCAGCACUUUCUGUGGCUCACCGCCCUACGCUGCGCCCGAGCUGUACAAGGACGAGAGUUACCUGGGCCCCGCGGUGGACACCUGGGCGCUGGGGGUCCUCCUGUACUUCAUCCUGACGGCGGACAUGCCCUUCAAGGCUUCUACAGUGGCGGGGCUGAAGCGACACAUUCUGGCGGGCACCUUUGACACACCAGAGCACACGUCCGCCCCCGCCAACGACCUCAUCACCCGACUGCUCGUUCAGGACCCAGCGCAGCGGCCGACCUCAGAAGAGAUUGCUAGCCACGAGUUCCUGGCUAAUGCCCGCACCCCCCCCGCGCCCCUUCCCCCCUACGUGCUAGCCCCGACCUUCAGCGAUGAGCCUGACCCCACGGAGAACGAGGCCCUGAAGAUCCUGGAAUACUGGGGGAUAUCACGCUCCAACCUCGAGGACGGAACUCCCAUGGGCGCGCGCUCCCCCUCCCUGGCAACCUACCGAAUCCUGGUCCACCGCCUCACCACGCCCCCGCCCCCCCACACCUCGCUCACCACGCCAACCCAGGGCACGCAGAACCCCCCCGUCUCCACCCCCACCACCCCCAGCAAGGACACGGGGGGCAGUGUGUCGCCGAGAAGAAAACUGAGGCUGAAGAAUGGACACACGCCUGUUUCCUUGAAUUCGGGGAUCAAGUCGAAGGCGUGUGUCAUUGUGUGAGGGGGGAGGGGGGUGUUAGAGGGGGGAGGAAGGGGGAGGGAAGGAGAGGAAAGGGGAGAGAGUGGAAGGAAGGAGAAGGAGAGGAAAGGUAAGGGAAGGGAAGGAAAUGGAAAGGGGAGGGAAGAUGUGUGUGUGUGUGUGUGUGUGUGUGUGUGUGUGUGUGUGUGUGUGUGUGUGUGUGUCAGAGAGAGAGAGAGAGAGAGAGAGAGAGAGAGAGAGAGAGAGUGUCACAAUAAACAUGUUGGGUAUAAUGUAUGAAAUCAGGCCAAAGAAUAUCAUUAUGUAUAUUUAUUUUGUACAUAGUAAUACAUACACAUGCAUAUAUAUAU